AUGCAGGGCUCUUACAAAAACAACGGUUUACCCAGACCGUACUACAUGAAGCCUCAGUCUAAGAGAAAACACUCACCCUAUGAUAACAUGAAGAUGCCAGUAGCAUUCUUCACCUCGUCUCCCAGAAAGAUCUUGGGUUAUUUGAUACUUUUGUCAUUGUUUGGAACAUGUGUAUACUGGAUUUCGCAGGAUAUGAGACCUUCUCCUCCUCCGUCAUACGAGAUAAUUAAGCCAGAAACCAUCAAAGCUACCAAAAUAGCCAACGCUGUAGGUUCUAAAGCAGACAAGGAAGCUCUCAAUAUCGAUUUGGCUGAAAAUUUGGCAGCUGGAUCAAAAGGACAAAAAGGUAUAGGAGUAGCAGAAGCUCCUAAAGGUGGUAUUGCCAAUGAAGCUGCAGUGGUAGGUAGUGAU